AAUGUUAUAUAUAGUAAUGAGCUUAAUCGUCGCCUUAAAGGUUCAAACGUUACGUCAGCAUCAUGUGAUCCAGGAUUUAUAUCAACAAAUAUUGGUCCAAGUUCAUUUAUUAAAGAUUUUGUCAUGCUGUUCGCUAAAUCACCCGAUAUUGGUGCAAUAAAUGUAAUGUACCCUGCUUUAGACCCAAACAUCGAUGAAGGUGGAAAGUAUUUUGAGAAUUAUAAAGAAGUAAAACCAAACAAUCAGGCAUUAGAUGAAGAUUUGGCUAAAAAGCUUUGGGAAAAGAGUGAAGAAUUAUUAAAUAAUUAUGAUGCCGACCUUUUAAAAUAA